AUGCCGGUUCCCGAAGAAAAGGAAUUCGUGAUGAGACAUUGUUUCAGUAAGUGGUAUACUGACGAAUUCGGACCGAAGGAGAUUCGUUACAAUAUUCCUUGGAGUAUGCAAUUAUACUGCAAGAGACAUUGCCUAGAGGCCUACCUGUUCUGCUGGAAAGAAGGUUCUGGAUGGUCGAUCGACGCGGAUUAUGAAGUAAAAUUCGUGGGAAAAAGAAAGAGUUUCGGAGUGAAAGGAACUGUUCGAUUCGAUGGAUAUGAAUAA